AUGUCUCGCGGUGUGUUUGGUGCCACGGUCGGCCUUGAUCGUGUCUUGAAGCUCUUUGAAAAGUACAAUAUCAAGGCGACCUUUUUCACGCCGUGCCAUACUCUCGAAUCCUUUCCCGAGCAACUGGCCAAGGUCCGCGACGCUGGGCAUGAAAUUGGUAUGCAUGGUUACACCCAUGAGUUUGUCUCGGAUGUCUCCGAGGAACAAGAACGCGACAUCCUGGCCAAAUGCAUCGAUGUCAUGACCAAGUUCACGGGCAAGAAACCCCGAGGAUGGACGGCGCCAGCCUGGACGCCGUCGGCCAAGACGGUCGAGAUCCUCGAGGAGGCUGGGAUCCUCUACGACCAUUCGCACAUGCACCACGACUGUCAACCGUACUGGCUCCCGCACAAGAACAGCGUGACCGAGAUCAACCUCAAGAUGAAGGCCGAGCAUUGGAUGAAGCCCAUGACGGCGCUUCAGCCGUCCAAGAUCAUCGAGAUCCCCGCCAACUGGCAUCUGGACGAUUGGCCGCCCCUCAACGUGGGCCAGAUUGUCGGGCAGGGCUUUGUUGAUCCGGACGUCGUGCUGAAGCUGUGGAAGCGACAGUUUGACUUUUACUACCGUGAAUACGACUCGUUCAUCUUCCCCAUCUCCUGCCAUCCCCAAGUGACGGGCAAAGCACAGGUGAUCCUGAUGCAGGAGGAGCUGAUUGAAUACAUCAACAGCCACGAGGGCGUGGAGUGGGUGACAUUUGAGGAAAUGGCAAGACAGUUCAGGGAUGGCGAGCUCCCAGGGGUCACGGUGAAUGGAGGCGUCGACUUGUGA